GGCGGCGGCGGCGGUAGCAGUUCGCGGCGACGGCGACGGUUCCGAGGCCGAGUGGCGGUGCGGCGAAACCUGGGUGCCCUCCUUCGUGUGAUCCCCGUGUGAUCAGCCUUUGUACCUUCUCCACAUUUGAAGAUGGUGAAGCUGGAUAUUCACACCUUGGCCCAUCACCUUAAGCAGGAACGCUUAUAUGUGAACUCUGAGAAACAGCUCAUUCAGAGGCUCAAUGCAGAUGUCCUUAAGACAGCUGAAAAGUUGUAUCGUACAGCAUGGAUUGCUAAGCAGCAGAGAAUUAAUUUGGAUCGGCUUAUCAUAACCAGUGCUGAAGCUUCCCCUGCUGAAUGUUGCCAACAUGCCAAGAUUUUGGAAGAUACACAGUUUGUUGAUGGAUACAAGCAAUUGGGAUUUCAGGAGACUGCUUAUGGAGAAUUCUUGAGUCGAUUAAGGGAAAAUCCUCGUCUUAUUGCCUCCUCUUUGGUUGCUGGGGAGAAGCUGAAUCAGGAGAACACACAAAGUGUUAUAUACACAGUUUUUACCUCCCUUUAUGGCAACUGCAUCAUGCAAGAAGAUGAAAGCUACCUCCUUCAGGUUUUGAGAUACUUGAUUGAAUUUGAACUUAAAGAAAGUGACAACCCCAGGAGACUUUUGAGGAGAGGAACCUGUGCCUUCAGCAUCUUAUUUAAACUUUUUUCUGAAGGACUGUUUUCCGCCAAACUUUUCCUCACAGCCACUUUACAUGAGCCAAUCAUGCAGCUGCUUGUUGAAGAUGAAGACCACCUGGAGACAGAUCCAAACAAGCUGAUCGAUAGGUUCUCCCCAUUACAACAGGAAAAGCUCUUUGGAGAGAAAGGCUCAGAGAGAUUCAGGCAAAAGGUUCAAGAGAUGGUAGAUUCCAAUGAGGCCAAACUGGUGGCUCUGGUGAACAAGUUUAUUGGUUAUCUCAAACAGAACACGUACUGCUUUCCACAUAGUUUGAGGUGGAUUGUGUCACAGAUGUACAAAACCCUCUCCUGUGUAGACAGACUGGAAGUUGGGGAGGUCAGGGCAAUGUGUACUGAUCUCCUCUUGGCCUGCUUCAUUUGUCCCGCAGUUGUCAAUCCAGAACAGUAUGGAAUAAUUUCUGAUGCUCCUAUUAAUGAGGUAGCAAGAUUUAAUCUGAUGCAGGUUGGCCGCCUUUUGCAGCAGUUGGCAAUGACCGGCUCUGAAGAAGGAGAUCCCCGGACAAAGAGCAGCCUUGGAAAAUUUGAUAAAAGCUGUGUUGCUGCCUUUCUUGAUGUUGUGAUUGGGGGCCGUGCAGUGGAGACCCCUCCAAUGUCCUCCGUUAAUCUUCUGGAAGGAUUGAGCAGAACUGUGGUUUAUAUAACGUAUAGUCAGCUUAUUACUCUGGUGAAUUUUAUGAAGAGUGUGAUGUCUGGAGAUCAGCUGAGAGAAGAUAGGAUGGCUCUUGACAAUUUAUUGGCAAACCUGCCCCAGGCAAAGCCGGGAAAAAGCAGCAGUUUGGAAAUGACCCCGUAUAAUACUCCUCAGCUGUCUCCAGCAACCACUCCAGCAAAUAAAAAGAAUCGAUUGCCUAUAGCAGCUCGAAGUAGAAGCCGCACCAAUGUGCUAAUGGACUUACAUAUGGACCAUGAAGGAUCAUCUCAAGAAACCAUCCAGGAAGUACAGCCAGAAGAGGUGUUGGUCAUUUCCUUAGGGACAGGUCCCCAGCUCACUCCAGGGAUGAUGUCAGAAAAUGAGGUCUUAAACAUGCAACUUUCGGAUGGAGGACAAGGAGAUGUCCCUGUCGAUGAAAACAAACUCCACGGUAAACCUGAUAAAACCUUGCGCUUUUCCCUCUGCAGUGAUAAUCUGGAAGGAAUAUCUGAAGGUCCAUCAAAUCGCUCUAAUUCAGUGUCCUCUCUAGACCUGGAAGGAGAGUCUGUAUCAGAACUUGGAGCAGGACCUUCUGGGAGUAAUGGAGUUGAAGCUCUCCAGCUAUUAGAGCAUGAACAAGCUACAACACAAGAUAAUCUUGAUGAUAAGCUAAGGAAGUUUGAAAUACGUGACAUGAUGGGACUGACAGAUGACAGAGAUAUAUCAGAAACAGUGAGUGAGACCUGGAGUACAGAUGUCUUGGGAAGUGAUUUUGAUCCUAACAUUGAUGAAGAUCGCUUACAAGAAAUUGCAGGUGCAGCAGCAGAGAACAUGUUAGGCAGUUUACUGUGCCUGCCAGGUUCAGGGUCAGUGCUUCUUGACCCCUGCACUGGUUCUACCAUAUCAGAGACAACAAGCGAAGCUUGGAGUGUAGAGGUAUUGCCAAGUGACUCAGAGGCCCCGGAUCUAAAGCAGGAGGAGCGUCUACAAGAGCUGGAGAGCUGCUCUGGACUAGGUAGCACGUCUGAUGAUACAGAUGUCAGGGAGGUCAGUUCCCGCCCCAGCACACCAGGCCUCAGUGUUGUGUCGGGCAUAAGUGCAACCUCUGAGGAUAUUCCCAAUAAGAUUGAAGACCUGAGAUCCGAGUGCAGCUCUGAUUUUGGUGGUAAAGAUUCUGUCACUAGUCCAGACAUGGAUGAAGUAACUCAUGGCGCCCACCAGCUGACCUCUCCUCCUUCCCAGUCCGAGUCUGUACUUGCCAUGUUUGAUCCACUGUCUUCACAUGAAGGAGCUUCUGCUGUGGUAAGGCCAAAGGUUCAUUAUGCCAGGCCGUCGCAUCCACCACCAGAUCCCCCAAUCCUGGAAGGAGCUGUGGGAGGAAAUGAGGCCAGGUUGCCGAACUUUGGUUCUCAUAUGUUAACUGCAGCAGAAAUGGAGGCAUUCAGGCAAAGGCAUUCUUACCCAGAGAGAUUAGUUCGCAGCAGGAGCUCUGAUAUAGUGUCAUCUGUUCGGCGACCCAUGAGUGACCCCAGCUGGAACCGUCGUCCAGGGAAUGAAGAGCGAGAACUCUCUCCAGCCGCAGCCAUUGGUGCUACUUCUUUGGUGGCUGCACCUCACUCAUCAUCUUCAUCCCCGAGUAAGGACUCCUCAAGAGGAGAGACUGAAGAACGCAAAGAUAGCGAUGAUGAGAAAUCAGACAGGAACAGACCUUGGUGGAGAAAACGUUUUGUUUCUGCCAUGCCUAAAGCUCCUAUACCAUUUAGAAAGAAAGAAAAACAAGAAAAAGACAAAGAUGAUGUGGGGCCUGACAGAUUCUCAACACUCACAGAUGAUCCCAGCCCUAGACUCAGUGCGCAAGCUCAGGUCGCUGAGGAUAUUCUGGACAAAUACAGGAAUGCCAUUAAGCGAACCAGCCCCAGUGAAGGAGCAAUGGCGAGCUAUGAAAGUACAGAGGUCAUGGGCGACGGUGAGAGCGCCCAUGACUCUCCUCGAGAGGAGACGCUGCAGAACAUCUCCGCCGACGACCUCCCGGAUUCCGCGAGCCAGGCGGCCCACCCCCAGGAUUCUGCUUUCUCGUACAGAGACGCAAAAAAGAAACUGAGACUUGCUCUUUGCUCUGCGGAUUCUGUUGCUUUCCCAGUGCUCACCCAUUCAACAAGGAACGGUUUACCGGACCAUACAGACCCAGAGGACAAUGAAAUUGUAUGCUUCUUAAAAGUUCAAAUAGCUGAAGCAAUUAAUUUACAAGAUAAGAACUUAAUGGCUCAACUUCAAGAAACAAUGCGUUGCGUGUGCCGCUUUGAUAACAGAACUUGCAGAAAACUGCUGGCCUCUAUCGCUGAGGACUACAGGAAAAGGGCGCCCUAUAUUGCUUAUCUCACUCGCUGUCGGCAAGGACUGCAGACCACACAGGCCCACCUGGAAAGGCUACUUCAGCGGGUGUUGCGGGACAAAGAGGUGGCCAAUCGUUACUUCACCACUGUCUGUGUGAGGUUGCUGCUUGAGAGCAAAGAAAAGAAGAUCAGGGAAUUCAUUCACGACUUUCAGCAACUCACAGCAGCUGAUGAUAAAACUGCUCAGGUAGAAGAUUUUCUGCAGUUCCUCUAUGGUGCGAUGGCCCAGGACGUCAUAUGGCAGAACGCGAGCGAGGAGCAGCUUCAGGACGCCCAGCUGGCCAUCGAGCGCAGUGUGAUGAAUCGGAUUUUCAAGCUUGCUUUCUACCCUAACCAGGACGGUGACAUACUGCGUGACCAGGUUCUUCAUGAACAUAUUCAGAGACUGUCUAAAGUAGUGACUGCAAAUCACAGAGCUCUUCAGAUACCAGAGGUUUAUCUUCGGGAAGCCCCUUGGCCAUCUGCACAGUCGGAAAUCAGGACAAUAAGUGCUUAUAAGACCCCCCGGGACAAAGUGCAGUGUAUCCUGCGCAUGUGCUCCACCAUCAUGAACCUCCUGAGUCUGGCCAAUGAGGACUCUGUCCCCGGAGCAGAUGACUUCGUGCCUGUUUUGGUAUUUGUGUUGAUAAAGGCAAAUCCGCCCUGCUUGCUCUCCACUGUCCAGUAUAUCAGUAGUUUUUACGCCAGCUGUCUGUCUGGAGAGGAAUCCUAUUGGUGGAUGCAGUUCACAGCAGCAGUGGAAUUCAUUAAAACUAUUGAUGACCGAAAGUGACCAAGACCAAGGCCCACCAAGGCCUCAGACUGUUAGGCGGGCAAACAGAUCUCUUAGAAAAUGUACCAGCUGCUUUGAAGGCUGAAGAUUGUUUUUGUAUAAUAUUGUACAGCAUUCAGACAUUUUAAAACAGAUCUUUACUAAACAGAUUAAUGAGCUAACAAGCAGGUUCUCUUUUCUUUGGGCUCUUUUCCUUUCUGUUGCAUAUUUGGUUAUUUUCUUGUCCCAAGUAGAGAAUUAGUACUGCAAAAAGGGACCACAUUUUUCAGGUAUUUUGAAAUAUUAAAAAACAGAACAAAAUCUAGAAAAUUCCUAGAUCUCCAUUCAUGGAUACCCAUUCUUUCCUUUUAUUUAAAAAAAAAAUAAAAAGAACAGUACACCUCUUUUUAGAUGCUGUCUAAUCUUAUAUGCAUCUAAUGGAAGGAAGAUACCAGUUGCACUGAGAAUUAUAAUGGUGGUGACAUUAGUGGCAUUAUCUAUAAAUACACUCACCGAAAUGAAAAGCUAAGAAGGAAAUGUAAAUAUAAUAUAUAUUUAUAUUUGAUGUAAUAUGGACAUCUUCAGAUUCUAAUAAACAAGGAGUAUUGCUGAUAGUAGGCUGUGAUGUACCCUCUUGUGAAAUGGUUUCCUGGACAAAGUUUAAGCUGAGCUUAAUAGCAGCAAACAAAUACACAGAAAUAUUUAUUAAAGUGGAAAACAGUUUCUUGAACUUUCUAGGUGUGGAGUUUGAUGCACAAGACUGCCUCUGAUGAGGGUAUACUCACUUAGACAUUCCUCACCACGGACGUCUUUGAGCCCACAGGAGGAAGGAGGUAGACCCUUUAAUCGCCACACAUUGCGUACAAAGGAACAGUAGACACCUAAUAGGUUACUGUGGUACUUCUUAUCUGAAAUACUAGAUACAGUGUAGAAACCCCAAACUGAACUCCUUUCAAACCUUUAAUUGUAAUAUAUUUUUGAUGAUGAUUCACAUUGAAUGACAGACCAGGAAUUCAGUGAAUGUCAUUUUUUUAAAAACUGAUUUGUAUUGUCUGCUCUAGUGAUACAGGUUUUACUAGUGAUAAACUAUUUUAACCAACCAUAUUAUUCUUAUGGAAAAAAGUCUAUUUUGGCAGGUUUCUGUGCCUUUUAUUUCCCUCUUCUGAACAAAAGUCUAUGUUUCUGUAUUUUGGUUUGAUUGUAUAUUGAUAAUCAGGAAUGGGUUUUGGUGUCUGAGAAAUUGGCCAUGGAGGCACACCAAAGCUUCAAGCACAAGUCCUGUACAUAAGUCACGACUGACUGGUUUCACUUUGUACAUUUCCUAAACAUGGGGAGCUGCUUUUAUAACACACCUGGUCCUAUACUUUGAGUCCCUUGUUGCGGGCAGCCUUUCGAGGCAUUUUUAAGGGAACUGUGACAGACAGCCUUGAGCAGAUGAAUACAGAGGCUGUCUACUUCUCUCCAAGACCUCUGUGUUUAAUUGUGCCUAAAGAAGCCAGAGUUUCUUUAUGCCUCCACCUCUUCUCAUUCAUUUAUUUAAAAAUACCAAAAUAACAAGUUGCAUAGGAGUGUGGGAUGUGGUUUCUGCCCUCUAGAGAGAGAUCAGAAUUCAACUAGUACUACAGAAUGCCCUUUGGAAUGUUAGGCCAAGCACUCUGUGUGGACUGUCAAACUUGCCUAGGCAUUAGAUUGUCAAAUCCGAUCAUAACUACUUUAUGAAACAAACAAACAGUCUGACACAAUUUCUAAGACCUAGGGGGAGUCCAUUUAUUUCAGCAUUUGAUUCAAUAAAUGUUAAGUUGAUAGAAGACUUGGAAUAGUUGAAAUGCAUUAUUGUGGGAUUUCCUAGAGAUUUUUUUUUUCUCCACAUGGUUGCUACACCUCUGCUGUGUUAUCACUAUGGAAAUAAAUGUGAAGCUGUGGAUGUGGCACAGGGCUCUUUUCUGGGGAGGAGAAGGCGGUGAGUUGGGUGUCUGGUUGCGCUGGAGGCAAGAGGUAAGAGCCAAGUGGUGCCGGAACCAGUGGCGAGGGUAGAAGCCCAUAGACCUGGCGCCAGACGAUACCUCAGACAGGCAGGGGUUUGGGUCUCGCCUCAGGUGCUGGCCGGGCAGCGCAGCCCCGCUGUUUAAGGGGCAGUGACGUUUCCCUCUGGAACCCCCAUGGGGAGCACGGACAAACCAGCAUUCCCCGCUGCCGGUGUGAUGGGGCAUGACUAACCCCAGUGUUGUCUCUGAGUAGAGGAAUUGGUAAUGGCCUGGCCGUGGUAGGGCCUGGGACAGGCAGUGAUUUGAUUUCGCUCCUUCAGGAAUGAAGAACAGUAGCUCUUUGGUUCUUAUGACACUUCCUCCCAGGACCUGUAUGAAGGAUUUGUGCAAAAGUAUAAAAUGACCCACAGGAAACAUUCAGUAGCCACUGAUUAUUACAUGGAAUUUGCAGCAAUAAUGAAUGUUAAAUGGAGAGAGAGUGGCUCAGUCCACUGAAAUCUUACACAGUUUGUGUGUUAAUGUUCUGUUUUUGGAAAACAGUAAUAGGAAUACAGAUUGUCUUUCCUUGUGAAAUUAUUUUCUUUUUAAACCUGGUAAAUGUUUCGUUUUCUCUCUCCACUUUAGUUCACAUCUCAGCCGCAGUAUUGCUUUCUUCUGAUUUUUCCUUUAAAAACCUGCUGAUGGAAGCUUUUUUAUACAGACUUUAAAUCGCUGUAGUAAGAGAAUUAGGCUUUGUGAGGGAUUGAAAAUAGACAUAUUGCAUGGUUUUUCUUUUCCUGUUGUGACCUGGAAGCCUUUGCAGACUUUCAGUCUCUGUCUUGCCGAGGUGCGUGAGCAAGAGAACAGACACUGCCCUGGAUGGUAGCGAAGCUGUGCCGAGACCCUGUAGCCGACUGCGCAUGCCUGUCCAGCACCACUGUUGAGUCGCGGCCUUCGGGAUUCUAAUUUGGGCCAAGUCAAGGUCAACUCCAUUUUUUAAAUGGGGGAGGCUUUAAAGAUUCCUUUCUCUGAUGUGAUUGGGUAUGGAAAGGGGAAGUCGGACCACACUUGUUCAAAAUUACUAGUGGAUUGCAUAGAAAUGAUAGAAAUGUGGGGUUAGCUUCCUUCAUGUGUGUCUUAGACUUUCUCUUCCUGUCUCUCCAUAUCCCCUUUAUUUCUUUAAGGAAAAGUCUGUAUUUGCGGUCUUUAGUUCUUUUAAGUCUAGUGGAUUUAUUCUGUACAUAAUUGCCAUGAUUUGGGGGUGGGGAUCAGAAACAAUCUUAUUGACGCUCACAGAAUUUUUAGUAGAUGAACAGUGAUGACAUAUUCGAGAUAUUUUGAAUGCCAAAAUGCUUGAGAACUUUGCCAGAUUAAUACUUAAUAUGUUUUAGAAUGUAGGUUACUGAAGAAGUAGGAUGACCAAGAAUAGCUCUAUUACUCCUGAGAACACUCGGAGAAAGGAAAACAGUUUGCUUCAGUGUCAUGGUUGGUGUGGAGUCACCGUGGAGCUGGUGUGUCCCACAGGCCUACGCUCAGCAAAGGUUAAGCUCAAGAGGGAGGAAGUCCUCUCUCCUGGGUUAACAGCGCAGACAGCGUGGGCAGUGGCCAUGCACCUUAAGAAUUCACCCUGCCGAGCGGAUACGCUGUCUUACUUAACGGAUUCUUGUGCUUCGCCUGUAUUAAAAAGCGUCGGACUGCCUCUCCUUGAAACUGAUAAAACCUUCUAUAAGCCUCAGUUAAUGAGCUUGCACAAUCUUGUAUAUGUAUAGGAAAUUCCUGUCUUCCAAUGUGACGACUAAUGUAUGGUACCAUUCUGUAAAGCUGAUUAAAAAGGGAGAGCAGUAGAAUUCCCUGGAUUUUAUGUUUCCAUUAACUAUUUUGCAUGCAGAAGUAGUUUCGAAAGUUUCUUUGACUUCAAAUGUUACUAAUUUCUCCAUGAUGAUUCACACUCGUCUUUUUCAUUUGAACCUCUAAGGAUAUUUGUUAAGUGUGGUCCAGGAGGGAAUGCGCGUGAACUCACGGUUACUAACGCGAUGGUGAACAUUUACUGUUUUCACACAGUUCGUAUCUGACCCUCGUGUUUGGUAGCUACUCAUCAGCCCUAGUUCUGCGAGCAGAAGUCCCCGUUCCGGUAUUCACUGAAGCCUUUAUUCACCUUUGCGGCUGAGGGGCGGUGCUGUUAGACCAGGAGCCCUCGUCACAGGCUGACUCUGCAGGCUUCCUCCACUGUCAGAAAGGUGCUUGCCCUAUAUUGAUCACACCUUGUUUAGAAGGAAACAAAAAAUUUCAAUGGGGGUUCCAUUUGCAUCCAGUCUGCUCAGUAUUAAAAUUAAUGUAUCACUUGCCUAAAACUGAAAAUUGAAUUCAGCUUUUCUUGCCAACUUGGCAUUACCUGUGUGCUUGGACUUCUGUUAUAUUUGUACCCACUCAACCCCUCUCUCCAAGUAAGUGGCUCUAUAUGCUUUCCCGAAGGAUGCUGAGCUGUGACACUGUUGAGCUAGGCUUUCCUGUAGGGCCGCCUGUAAGACAUGUCAUGAUCCUGAGAAGCAAGAUCAUUUCUCAGAAGCACCUCUUGGCUAUGAAUGUGUCCUCUGCCUAGAGAUGUAAAGAUUCAUUGAAGAGCUUUUGCUUCAGUCAUUUCAUUCCAGAAGAAUCGUUUUCCAUCUUCUUGGGGGUACCAAAAUGCAGUAUGUAGACUUAAAAAAAAUUUUUGACCAAAGAGACCAGAAAAUCUCUGGCCGUGGGGAUCCUGAAAACAUCUUCCACAUUUGGGAAUAGCUCUCAGUUCCGAGUCAUUGAACCUGUUGUAGAUGCUGAACAUGAAAACCACAGUAGACUUAUUUCUGUUAACUAGGAAUUCAGCAUAUUGCUGGCCAAAAACAUUAAAUUUUAUGUUCCUGUGAAAA